UUGUGAUUCUUUUCUUUGCCCCCAACAAACCACAAUCAAACCUUAAUUUUAACAAACUGCAAGAAUUCUCAUACAGUCCCAUAACUAAUCAAUAAUAUUUUCUCACAAGAUCUAAUUCGAUACGACAAAAUGCAGCUUCUCUCCGCCGUCGCCGGAAUUCUUCUCCUCAGCUUCACCGCUGAGAAAUGCCGGGACUUAGCCGGCGGCGAGCAUCCGUGGCGGAGCCGAGAAGAGCGAUUCGCCUUCACCGACUGCUUCGACAUGGGCGUCGGCACCGCGGCCUGCGUGGUCAAGGAGAUCAUCAAACUCUACCUCUACUACGCCCGGGCGGUCUACGUCCAGCGCGUCCGGUCCGAGGCGGCGCAGAAGGCUCUCACGGCCAACCUGGCCGCCGGAAAGGACUUCGCCGGCGCGUCUGCGGCGGCGCGUGAGGCGCGUGAGACGGCGGCGCGUGAGGCGAAGCGGCACGUGAGGCACGUGAUGGGGCCGGUGCUCUCGGCCGGGUGGGACUUGUUCGAGACCUUGUACGUGGGCGGCAAUGCGGCCGAGGCGGUUGUUCGGUCGGCCGGGACGUUGGCCGGCGCGUACGGCGGGGGGGUCGCCGGAGAAGGGAGGAUGGGGUGGGUGGGGUUCGUGGGGGGGAGCCAGGUUGGGGGGUGGGCCGGGGGGAGGGUGGGGCUCAUGGUGUAUGAUGUGUGGAAUGGUGUUAGGAUGUUGCUUCAUCGCAUGCAUCAUCUCUUCUAA